CCCAUCUAGUACACGUGUGUAUCGACCUACUUACUUACUCAGCGAUAGUUCUAUCGAUUCCCCUGCGAUGCCUUCGAGCCCGCGACCGACUUGGUUCACUUGGUGCUGGUGUCGUCUGGAAGGCUACUCCUCACAGUUUCUGCUGGGGCUUCGCGACUUCACACAGGGUAUGCAGCCCCCGACUGGCACAACAAUACGGGGAUGAUCGGUGCCGAUGAGAAGCAGUCAAUCCAAAUCCCAUAAGUGGCAUAUAGCGUGUCCCAGGUGCCGAACACAGCUUGCGUGUACUCGUGAUCCCGGACGACGACCACCCGACAUUCAGCUGCAGCAGGCGAUAAUAAGCCACAAUGGACCGAUGUCCCGCGGAACUCUGGAUCCGGAUAUUCGCAUUGGCGUGCACGGACGGUGGCUAUACAGGGCGAUCACUGUCCUGCGUCUCGAGGUACAUUUCCGAUGUCUCCAGACCAGUGCAACUUCAGAGCGUUGCACUACACGGGGCGUACGAGCUGAAGUGCUUCGCGGAUACGAUGGAAAGCCGCGUUCCGGAGGACCGGCGUAUCCUCCAUCUGUACAUCGCACAUCACAAGGAACCGAGCGACAGGAACUCGUACGCACCGCCCGACUCACUGAGCAGUUCGGAACUGCGCGAAGCCCUGAUCUACCGUCUGUAUCACCCCGCGGACGAGGCUGAGCUUCUGCGCAGACUGCCGGACGAGAUGCGAGGAUGGCCGGCAGGAGAGCUGACGGCGGAGCGGGACCAAGUGUUCAGGCGAGCCCUCGACCGCGUCAUGCAGGUCGCGAGCAUUCAUCUUCAAACCUUCACAUUGCAUAUCGGUUCGCUGCUGCUGAGCUCACAAUAUGGACCUCACUUCCCAUCUGUCCUCGCCAGACACGACUUCCCACGGCUCGAAGAGCUGACCAUCCUGGACACCUUCGUACUUCGCGGAGGGCUGCAGGCACCGCAUUACAAGAGGCUCCCGGAGUUCCCAUCCCUCAAGCGUCUCCAUCUAGUAGACUGCUACAACUAUCUCGUCGCAUUCCUGGGAUCAGUGCCGUCCCUGACACAUCUGCGCAUGAGCGGCGUCACCCAGCUCUUCCCGGAUCUCAGCGCGAUCGUGCGCGGGGUGAUAGACCCGGACGCUACGACGAACGUUGUUCCGACUGCCCAAACCGAUAUCGUCAGCCCGGUCUCACAGUCGCGCACUGCGACCUACCGAGUCAUCACGGAACAAGCGUUGAAGCAGAUGGCACGGUGUAACGACAAACUGAUCCUGUUGCGCUCAGAUCGCGCAGCGGGGCCGCCCUACGGACUGCCAGAGGCGAGGCGAGAUUGGCUGCAGAGGAUCGAGGGGAGGAGGGAUGCCGCUAUACUCGAUUCGGAGUCUGUCACGGUCAGAUUUCAAUGUGCCAUCCCCGCUGUCCUGGUCUGUCAAAUCCUUGUCACGCAGUCCUGGUCCGCGCAGAACUGAGCUAUAUUGCCUUCGCCUGUCC